GAAAGAUUUGACUAUGGAGAUGAAACCAUGAAGAAAUAACAGAAAGAAUAAUAAUGUUUUUCCGAAAUCGUUUUCUGUUGUUGUUGGCCUUGGCAGCCUUAUUAGCCUUUCUGAGCCUUAGCCUACAAUUCUUUCACUUGAUCCCUGUUAACCCAGUCAAAGAAGAUGGGUUGAACUCCAAGAACCGAAAAAGAAUAAUGCCUGAUCCUUUGACAGAGCCCCCUUCUAUAGAUCCCAUUUCUGAAGCUCGGUUUUAUUGUAACAUUCCCAGCAUACCUGAACGCAGCAUGGAAGGUCAUGCACCUCAUUAUUUUAAGUUAGUGUCUGUUCACGUGCUGAUUCGCCAUGGAGAUCGAUACCCUCUUUAUGCCAUUCCCAAAACAAAAAGGCCAAACAUUGACUGUACAUUAGUGCCUAACAGAAAGCCUUCCCACUCUCAGCUGGAAGCUUUUAUUGGCCAUAUGUCUAAACUUGGAUCAGAAGCCAAAAUGGAUAGCACUCUGAGCAGCAUGCCUCAUUACCCCAGCCAUUUACUCUGUGAAAUGGGAGAGCUUACACAGACAGGGGUUGUGCAGCAUUUGAGAAAUGGACAGCUACUACAGGAUAUUUAUAUAAAGAAACAUAACCUGAUACCAAGUGACUGGUCAGCAAAACACUUGUAUUUGGAGACCACUGGAAAGAGUCGAACAUUGCAGAGCGGACUGGCAUUACUGUAUGCCUUCCUGCCGGAUUUUGAUUGGAAUGAAAUUAAUUUUAGACACCAGUGGAGUGCCAUUUUUUGUUCUGGAAACUGCGUUUGCCCAAUAAGAAACCACUAUCUUGGAGAAGAUCAGCGUCGACAGUAUAGUUUACGCGUGACAAACAUACACUUGGAAAAAACUUAUGCGGAUAUGGCAAAAAUCAUUGGCAUCCCCACAAAACAGUUGAGGGCUUCCAACCCUAUAGAUUCUCUGCUGUGCCAUUUUUGCCACAAUGUCAGUUUCCCAUGUACUCAGAAUGGCUGCAUUACCAUGGAGCACUUUAAAGUCAUUAAAAUGCAUCAACUUGAAGAUGAAAAAGAGAGGCAGGAGAAGAAGUAUUAUUACUUGUAUGCACUACUGGCGACGCAUCCUCUUCUUAACCAGACUGUGAAUCGUAUGCAGCGUAUUGCAGAAGGCAAGGGGGGAGAAUUAUUUGUCCUGUACUCCGCUCACGACGUCACCUUGUCACCUGUCCUUAGUGCCUUAGGCAUUACAGAGGCCAGGUUUCCAAGAUUUGCAGCUAGAUUAGUCUUUGAGCUGUGGAAAGAUGGGAAGAAGAAUAAAGAACACUUCAUUCGUAUCCUUUAUAACGGUGUUGAUGUCUCAUCGCAGACUUCCUUCUGCCGGGAUUAUAACCAGCGUUACAACAAGCCAAUGUGCCCUUUAGAGAAAUUUGUUCACUUUGUUAAGCAGGACAUGUUUUCACCUUUUAACACCACCAAUUAUUAUGACGCAUGUCGCAGGAGACUCUUCUAAA